CUGACUUUUGUCUUUUUCUGUUCAAAGAGUCUGCUAUGGCAUCUUCCUUUUAGCUUUCGAUGAUGUCCUAUGAAAUCCGUCCACCUCUAACCUGCUUUCAAAAGGCUGUACAUGACUAUGAGUGCCAAAGGAGCAUCUCGAAGACAGCAGUGAGAAUGAGAAUGGUGGGAUUGACUGGUGGAAUAGCGUCUGGAAAGAGUACUGUCUCCAAUCUUUUCAAAACCCAUGGAAUUCCCAUUGUUGACGCCGAUCUCGUCUCACGCGACGUUUUGAAGAAAGAAGCCUGUGGAUAUAAGAAGGUUGUUGCAGCAUUUGGAGAGGAUAUCUUACAAGCUAAUGGGGAAGUGGAUAGGCCAAAAUUAGGCCAGAUAGUGUUCUCUGAUACUGCAAAACGUCAACUUCUUAAUAGGCUUUUGGCUCCUUAUAUCUCUUUUGGCAUCUUCUGGGAAACUCUGAAGCUAUGGUUGAAGGGAUAUAAAGUAAUUGUUCUUGAUAUCCCAUUGCUUUUUGAGACCAAGAUAGAUAAAUGGACAAAACCGACUAUUAUUGUAUGGGUUGAUAUGGAAACACAGCUUCAACGGCUUAUGGCAAGAGAUAAAUCCAGCGAGGAGGAUGCCAGAAAUAGGAUAAAUGCUCAGAUGGCCCUAGAUCUGAAAAGGUCCAAGGCUGACAUUGUCAUUGAUAAUACUGGUUCAUUAGAAGACUUGGAGGAACAAUUCCAGAAAGUAUUAUUGCAGGUUACUAGGCCGUUGACGCUGUACGAGUUCUGGCUUUCUAGACAUGGUGCCUUGACAGCUCUUAUUUCCAUCAUAAUUGCUGUUGUUCUGGGUAAAACUGUCCACUGGAUAUUAUAGUUGUAAAUUUCAAACUCUUACUGCUUGAUAUUUUGAAGUGCAUUUCAUUUCUUGAAUCUACAUUUCA